UCUGAGGCCAGCGCGCCCGAGUAAGCGGGCGGGCGCGGGCCGGCUGCGACGGGGCUCCAGUCCGAAAGUUUCUCUGCCCUUCUGCUGCUCCUGGAGGCGGGACUUCAGCGCUGGGUCCAGCAGUUCUACAGAAAAAGAGACAGGGACACAACACAAAAUAUACCGAAAAAAUCAAAAUCUGCAGCCAUUUGCAGCUAACCCCGAGGCGCAGGAAGACAGGCAGGUCCAUGGCUUGUCCAGGCUCUGAGAGGGUUCUGCUCUGACCACAGUCCCCUGGCUGAACCAGGACUACAUUUUGCUGCUACAGUGUCUUCAGGUCCCUGUUCUACCCUGCAGGCCCUUAGCCAAGCGUCGCCAUGGGCAGCGUCAGCAGCCUCAUCUCGGGCCACAGCUUCCAUAGCAAGCAUUGCCGUGCCUCACAGUACAAGCUGCGCAAAUCCUCCCACCUCAAGAAGCUCAACCGGUACUCGGAUGGGCUGCUGAGAUUUGGCUUCUCCCAAGACUCGGGACGUGGCAAGUCCAGUUCCAAAAUGGGAAAAAGUGAAGACUUCUUCUACAUCAAGGUCAGCCAGAAGGCCCGAGGCUCCCACCGCCCAGACUACACAGCCCUAUCCAGUGGGGACAUGGGGGGCCAGGCUGGGGUAGAUUUUGAUCCAGCCACCCCACCUAAGCUUCUGCCUUUCUCCAAUCAGCUGGAUAUGAGCUCAGACAAGGGGCCAGCGAGGCCCACUGCCUUCAAGCCUGUGCUGCCACGGUCCGGAGCCAUCCUGCAUUCGUCACCUGAGAGUGCCAGUCACCAGCUUCACCCCAUGCCUCCAGAUAAGCCCAAGGAACAGGAGCUAAAGCCAGGCCUGUGCUCAGGGGCACUGUCUGACUCAGGCCGGAACUCCAUGUCUAGCCUGCCCACACAUAGCACCACCAGCAGCUACCAACUGGAUCCUCUGGUCACCCCCGUGGGGCCUACCAGCCGUUUUGGGGGUUCAGCCCACAACAUCACACAGGGCAUCAUCCUUCAGGACAGUAAUAUGAUGAGCCUGAAGGCUCUGUCCUUCUCUGAUGGCGGCAGCAAGCUGGCUCACCCCGGCAAGGUGGACAAGGGCUCCUCGUGUGUGCGCUCCCCGCUCUCCACGGACGAGUGCACCAUCCAGGAGCUGGAGCAGAAGCUGCGGCAUAGGGAAACUGCCCUGCAGAAGCUCCAGCGCAGUUUCGACGAGAAGGAGUUUGUCUCGGGUCAGCCCUUCGAGGAGCGGCCCAGGCGCCCCAGGGACGAGCUGGAGUGCCUGGAGCCCAAGGGUAAGCUGAAGCCGGCCUCCCAGAAGAGCCAGCGCACACAGCAGGUGCUCCAACUGCAGGUGCUCCAGUUGCAGCAGGAGAAGCGGCAGCUGCGGCAGGAGCUCGAGAGCCUCAUGAAGGAGCAGGACCUUCUGGAGACCAAGCUGAGGUCCUAUGAGCGGGAGAAGACGAACUUCGCCCCUGCACUCGAGGAGACCCAGUGGGAGGUGUGCCAGAAGUCAGGCGAGAUCUCCCUUCUGAAGCAGCAGCUCAAAGAGUCUCAGAUGGAGGUGAACACGAAGGCCAGUGAGAUCCUCAGUCUGAAGGCACAGCUGAAGGACACCCGGGGCAAGCUGGAGGGCAUGGAUCUGAAGACACAGGACUUGGAGAGCGCCCUGCGCACCAAAGGGCUGGAGCUGGAGGUCUGUGAGAAUGAACUGCAGCGGAAGAAGAACGAGGCGGAGCUGCUGCGAGAGAAGGUGAACAUUCUGGAGCAGGAGCUGCUGGAGCUGCGGGCCCAGGCGGCCUCCCUGGGGCCUCUGGGGGUGGGGCCGACUUUCUCGGAGGACAUCCCUGCUCUGCAGCGGGAGCUGGAGCGGCUGCGGGCUGAGCUGAAGGAGGAGAGGCAGGGCCAUGACCAGAUGUCCUCCGGCUUCCAGCACGAGCGGUUAGUGUGGAAGGAAGAGAAGGAGAAAGUGAUUCAGUACCAGAAGCAGCUGCAGCAGAGCUACCUGUCCAUGUACCAGCGCAACCAGCGUCUAGAGAAGGCCCUGCAGCAGCUGGCCCGUGGGGACGGGGCAGGGGAGUCCUUUGAAAUUGACCUGGAGGGAGCUGACAUUCCCUAUGAGGACAUCAUAGCCACUGAGAUCUGAGGGGCUGCCUAGGGGAGGGAGGGUUGGGGACUGGACCCCAGAAGGCCGGGAGGUCUGAGCCUGUUCAAAGAGGCAUUUUGAGCACCUCUGAGAGACGUCACCUCUGGGGCCCAGACUCAGGAGUCCCCAGUGGUGGAGACGUAGUCUUUCCUCUCCUCUUGCCUUUUCCAAUCUAACUACCCCUGCUGCUUAUUGGACCUUGAUCUCUGAACCCCAAGCGCCCGUGGAUGUGUGUUCAGGGGGCUUCCUGUGCUGGUUGAUGUUUCCCUCCACUUUGGUCUCAUUCACAGUAGAGGUAAAGGCACUCCAUCAGGGGUGGGGACAUCUGCCAUAGGCCAAGUGGCCACCCAAGGACAGAAACAUCUUCCCUGUCACCCCAAGCCCGUCAUCCCCUAAGCAUACGGGGAUGUCUUGAGAUAGAAGCCAUGCGUAACCAGAAGCCUUGGACACGCUCCUCACUACAGCCUGUUCUUCUCCGACUGCAAAGGUGGAGGAGUUGGGUUGCCACACGGUUUAGCCAGCAAGCCAUGGGAGGAGAGGGUGGAUGGACAGUCCUGCAUUACAGAAUCUUCAUGGGUCUCACAGAGCUCAGAGAGAGAGGUGAGGGGAGAGAACCAUGGCCCACAGUGGGAUUCAGAGUCUAAAUGAGGUGCACAACCCCUCCACCCCCAGUGGUCACUCCGUUUAAAGCCAUAGAUAUUGGGGUCCCAGGUGCAGUACAUGGAAAUGAUAGACAGCAUAGCUUCACUCCCAUUCCAGGGGAGCCUCCUAUUUGCUACAGCCGAGGCCAAGGCAGGGUCUUCGCCGAAUGGUUCAGUUGGCCAGCUGCCAAUAUGGAACCCCGUCCCCCCCAACAGAGGCUCUUGCUUGGGUCCAGAGUAGCUCAUCCACUUAGGUAGUGUGCCUGGGAGCGAGGCGCUAGCCUCCCUUUCCUACAGCAUCUUCAGAACUAUGCUAGAAUUCUGUAGAGGCUGGGCGGGGUUAUCAGUGUAGUCCAGGCAGGCAGAGCAGGGACAGGGAACAUACACAGAGCCUCCAUGUGGAGCCCUACGCGGUAAAGAUUCAGUCUGGAGAGCAGCACGUGAACCCGCGGGAGCCUGGACUUGUCUUCUGCUAGAAGCAGAGGGAAGUACAGUCGCUUAGUUCAAGAAAUUAUCGUCUCUCCCCUCCCCCCUCCCAUUCUGUAUUUUCCAAGGCAAGCCAGAUUAAGCAGGCAGCCAGGCUGCUCCAUAUUCUAUUUUUGGUUCUUACCACAGCUGUUGUCGGUAGGACACCCAGCCAUGUGCUGCCUGGUGGGCGGGACCCAGGGGAUGGGAGAUGGAAGGGAGGGUCUGGGUGCUUGGCAGUCCAGGAGCCAACUCUAGUUCUACGUUCUACCUCCCGAAUGCUGGCCGCUGCAGUUCCUGGUGGACCCCAGCCCCCCGACCUUGGCUUUCUGUGGACUUUCUGCCCUUCCUAGUGUCUGCAGGGUGGGUGCCUCCCCCCUCCCCUAGAUGGCUCAGCUGUCUGAUCCCGGGGUUAGGCUUGGCCUCUUCAGCUGACUUCCAGUGUCACCCUGUCCUCUGGUCUCCCAUAGCCACACGCUCAAUUUAAACCUGGAAUUGACAGGCCAAAGAUGACACCUCCCGCUUGCAGGAUCAUAACCUCCACUAAGGUUCAUAGCCCAGUUUAAAAAAAAAAGUUCCUGUUCCCCCAGCCCUUCGUUCUCUACCGGUCUGUGCCUUGUUUGAGUCCUUCACAUUGAGACUGUCCAACAGAGGGAGCGCAAGAUGGGGGUUAGCUGCCUCUCCUUAGACGGUAGGACUCCACCUUCUGAAAGAACAGCCAGAAGCCCAGUGCUGUGCCAUAGAGUUCUUGUUCAAAGGGAAGUGGGUGCCAUGCCUGGGCCAGGCACACAGGCAGAGACCUUGCACUCUGUAUCUGUGCUGGGUGCCUUCUACUCACAGGGAGUUCUUCCCGCGACACUGCCCAGUGACCCUGCUCCAAGUCAUCUUUGAGACCUUUGUCUGGGAUUUACCCAACAAUCAAGGUGGCAGACACCCAUUCAAGACUACUAAGAGCCCACGAUCCCAGGGUAACUCACGAUACGUGUAACCCAGUAGCCUUGCCUUCCUGUGGCCUUCCUUUCCAUCUCUGCCCUAAAGCAUUCUGUCUGUGGUCCGUGCCCGCGUUGAGAGGCUCAGGUUGGACAGCCAUUGAGUAGGGCUGGGAUGUGUGGAUUCAAGGCAGACAACCAGCCUGCCAUGGGCUGUCUCUCAGAUCCAGGCGUUCCCCAGAGAUGCCUGGUCUGGGAAUGCUGCUGCCCUCUGAAGGAAGCCAACAUGGCCUUGCAGGAAGGGCCUGCUUCAUGUCUUGCAAUCCCAGACUCCCAUGGGGUACCUCCACGCUCAGUUCUGUUCUCUCUAGGUGCGCUUGAGCUUCAGCAGGGGACCAACCAUUUGGAGGACUUAGCAUCUCUCCUCUGAGAGACACUUGCUGGCCCUCUUGUCCCUGACUUCAGCCUGACUGUGUCUUGCUUGAGAGAGAUGUCCAAGGGAAAGCCAGGCUGGACCAGGGAUUUCCCUAGAACCUGAGCUCUCCUCAGAUGCCACAUAACAGACCACAGCACCCUUCGGUGGCACCUGCUUUCCCCUUUGACCACUCUGGAGCCCUUGGCGGAGGCUGGCUUCUGAGGGGCUGGCAUUUUGAAGACUGUGUACAUAGUUAUUUUUCUCUCCCUUGUUUGUGGUUUGCUUUGCUCUUGAUGGCUUCAUUUUGUUUUAUUUUUGAAGUUCUUUGUUGGCCCUGUAAACUAUUUCUGGUAAUUUUAUGUUUUUAUUUAUGAAUAAAGAAUGCCAUUUCUCAUGUC